AUGCUGAAAAGAGAGCUGAGCAUUCUCACCUACGUCAAAGCAGAAAACCUCAUCACCUGUGAGGGAGAAACUGCCAGUCUCACCUGUGCAAAGGGAAACAUUAAUUUGCUUUCUGCCAAUUAUGGCCGUACAAACGCAACAACCUGCUCUACCGGAAAACCACCUAGACAACUUUUGAAUGUUCAGUGCACCCAGAGCACAUCCCUAAGUGUGCUGACCAUUCUAUGUGACGGACAGCAGAGUUGUUCCAUUGUUGUGGGGGAUGCAGCUUUCACUGACCCAUGUCCUAGAACUUACAAAUACCUGAAUGUGUCCUACGAGUGCAUCUUACCAACGACACCCCCACCACCAACAAGUACAACUAAUUCAGUCACAUGUGAAUCAGCCACUGCCAGUCUCAGCUGUGCAAAGGGAAGCAUUAAGGUGCUUUCUGCCAAUUAUGGGCGAACGAACCAAACAACCUGCUCUACUGGAAAACCAGCUAACGUGCUCACAAAUGAUCAGUGCACUCAGGCGACUUCUCAAAGUGUGGUGUUCAGUCGAUGUGAUGGAAAAAAGGACUGUUCCAUUCCUGCGACUAGCAACGUUUUCGGUGAUCCGUGUGUUGGGACUUACAAAUAUCUGAAUGUGUCCUACGUCUGUGCCGAAGGAAAAACUGAAAAUAUCUGUCAAAAUGUGAGCAAACACAUUAGCUGUGAUGGACGUCGCAAACUUAACAUUCACUUUGCUAACUAUGGGAGGAGAGAUACGGUGCCCUGCCAUACGCUGGAUCCUAGAGCCAUGGCCACCACGUGCAUCUCCUCUGAGACCUCGAACCUGAAAGAACAGUGUAACGGAAAGAGACGUUGUUUCCUACAGGCUUUAAAUUCUAAUUUCUUUGAUCGGUGCCCUCACAUCCAUAAAUAUUUGGAGGUGUCUUAUAGUUGUGAUUUACCAAGAUAAACCCAGAAAUGUAAACAUCUGCACAUCUUCUGUAACCUUUAAUGGAGCAGGAAAGAAAUCUUCUGUUUAAUUUUUUCAUCUGAUUUUCUUCAUGAUAUUCAUAGACUCUUGCAACUGAAUAAAAUAUAUGCCCGUUUCACAGACAAGGCUAACCUAGUCCCAGACUAAAAUAAAUAGUUGAUAAAUAUGUAAGUGUUGUCUCAAGAUAUAUACCAGUAACGGUUUUAGACCGUAAGAUUUAAAUAUCCUAAUUUAAUUAAGGCAUGGCUUAAGCUAAACCUUCUCUGUGAAACCUGACCUUAAAAUGUUGAAGGCAAAUUUUCACUAAUUAGUUUCACCCAUUUACAUAGAAAUGUUUGAUUAAGUAAAACUAUAAUAUCUAAAUAUUAUACGAUUUAAGGAAACUGCAUGAAAUGUCUAUUUUUGUCUGUUAUGGUCCUA